GCGCACCGACCAGACGUCCACCUGAAGGAAGGUUGCCUAACUGUCUGAACCAAGAAACGAACCCGGAUUGGGUCCCCCCGGACGCACUAUAAAAUUGAGAGAGUAGCGCCUUGUAAAUUUCCCGCAAAAUUCGUUCCCCGGCUUCCCCCUUCAGCCGUACACAUUCCGGCGACUCCCAGAAACUGUGGGUGCCAAUUCCGUUGUGUGGCUGGAGAACCUGAAGGACCACUUCCAUGUGCUUGUGAAGUUUGGGGAAUGCUAGGAGAUUUCGGUGGUUUGAUUGUCGGAUCGGAGAUCUAGGGUUUGGCCUAGUUUCCGCUUUUUUUGCUGGCGAUGGGCUCCUGGCUUAAGGCCGCGGAAGAUUUAUUUGAAGUUGUAGAUCGAAGAGCAAAGUUGGUUGUGCGUGAGUUGGGAGAUGAACAACCUGAAUCCUCUCCAAUAGUGACGGGGAAGGACGUGCGAACUUUGAAGAGGAAACCAAAGAAGAAGGGUCAGUCAGAACGUGCUAGACCUGAAUCUCGUGGGCCAAGUGAUACUGUAAGACUAAGAGAGAAAGACAAUGAACAAUUCUCAGCAUCCAAUGGAAACAGCAACAAGGCUGAGUCUCUUCAUUCUGAAACUAAAGAAACCAUUUUGGACCAUUUUGUUGCUGAUUCAAGAACAGAACUUUCAUCCGAUAAUACUAUAGAAAAUAAUCUUGUUGGACCAUCAGCUGCUCCUUUGUUGGAGGCCCCAGAAAGUGAUGCCAAUGAGUCUGUUUCUGUUGCUGGUACAAAUCAGGAAGGUUUAGAUCAUGAAAAGAGUGAAGAAGCUGUUGCUUCAUCUGAGUCGUCCAAUGCCCCUGCACCAAAAGAAAGUCCAGUAGUUUUAUCCCCUACGUUCAAAUCUAAAACUAUUGAACUAGAAAAUGGGGAGCAUCAAGCAGAUGGUGCAAAAGAAACCAAAUUAGCAGAUGAAGAGCCCAGCUUAAAGACAGAGGCAAAGAAACCUGAAAAUGCAAGGGUGGAAAUGGAUGCUGAAAAUGUGCAAGCGAAAAGUGUGAUGGAAAUUACAGAAGAAUCUGCCUUGAAAAAGCAACAACAUGAAAAGGAUCCUUCUGUUGCUAAAGUUCAAGACCAACUGGAUGAGGCGCAAGGUUUGCUCAAAAUUGCAACAUCUACUGGGCAAUCUAAAGAAGCAAGGCUAGCACGGGUCUGUGCUGGUCUUUCUUCUCGUCUUCAAGAAUACAAAUCCGAAAAUGCACAACUGGAAGAGCUCCUUGUAGCUGAGAGAGAUAAAAGGAACUCAUGCGAAGCUCAAAUAAGACUGCUGCAGCAGGAUUUAGCUGCAUCUCGCACUGCCAUAUCCAGAGUAGAGUCAGAGAUGGCUGAUGCCUUGUCUUCCAAAAAUGCAGAAAUAAAUGAUCUUUCUUCCACAGUAGAUUCUCUUAAAAAACAGGCUUCUGCAUCUGAAGGAAAGCUGGCAUCAUUGCAGGCAGACAUGGAAACUGUAAUGAGAAGCCGAGAACUGACUGAGACUCGAAUGAUGCAGGCCUUACGUGAAGAGCUAGUGUCAGCAGAGCGCAAGGCAGAGGAAGAGCGUGCAGCACAUAAUGCAACAAAAAUGGCUUUCAUGGAAAGAGAAGUAGAAUUGGAGCGUAGAGCUGUCGAAGCAUCAACUGCACUUUCUAGGCUUCAGAGAAUAGCAGAUGAGAGAACAUCAAAGACAUUAGAGCUGGAGAACAAAAUAUCUAUGCUUGAGGCAGAAUGUGCAUCUUUGAGUCAAGAGUUGAAUGAUGUAGAAGCUCGAGCUCGCCGUGGACAGAAAAAGUCUCCUGAAGAAGCGAAUAAAGCCCUUCAGGCCUGGCAAGAAGAAGCAGAGCGAGCACGUCAAGGUCAGAGAGAGGCAGAGAGUAAGCUCUCCUCUUUAGAGGCUGAGAUGCAAAAGAUGAGAGUGGAAAUGGCAGGCAUGAGAAGAGAUGCUGAGCAUUACUCACGGCAGGAGCACAUGGAACUGGAAAAGAGAUACCGUGAAUUAACUGAUCUAUUGUACUUGAAGCAAACACAGCUAGAAACCGUGGCUAGUGAGAAAGCUGCAGCCGAGUUCCAACUGGAGAAAGAAGUCAAGCGUCUAAGAGAAGCCCAGGUGGAGGUGGAGAGGAGUAAAGCUUUACGUCGUGCAUCAACUCCAUGGGAAGAGGAAACUGAUGUGAAAGCACUUGAGUCUCUCCCAUUGCACCACCGUCACAUGGUUGGAGCAAGUAUGCAGCUGCAGAAGGCUGCAAAAUUCUUGGAUUCAGGUGCUGUUCGUGCCACUAAGUUUCUUUGGAGAUAUCCUGUUGCUCGAAUUAUUUUACUCUUCUACUUGGUGUUUGUCCAUGUUUUCCUGCUGUACUUGUUGCAUCGCUUACAGGAUCAAGCAGAUAAUUAUCUGUCGUCUCAAGGAGUUACAGAUCCAAUGGGGCUUGUCAAGCCAGAGCUGCCAUAAGGGUCCAUUCUUCAAAUGUAGAUUAAUGAUGACAGUGACAUGGGAAUGUCUGGAAUCUCUCUUCCCAUAUAUAUAAUUUUUCCUUCUUCGGUAUUGCAUUUUCAUGUAAAUUCAUUCUUUUUCACAUAGAAAAAAAGAGAAAAUAUCUGUUUCUAGUUUCUUGAAAGUCGGCAGGCGAUAUCGCCUUAAUGGGUCUUGUGCCUGAUGUUGUGCUGGUUCGAAUCAAAUGCCAUGUAUGCGAGAGGCUAACUUUUUUUUUUUCUCUUUUUUGUAAUAAAAAUCUAUAAUGAAUAUUCCUGUUAUGUUACUCUUUUCA